AUGAAGCGCAAAAUAUUAUUGUUGUGUGUGAUACUUGUGGAGACAUAUGGCUAUCCUUACGAGAAGGAGCUUCAUCAGCAUGUGUUUGCAAACUAUAGCAGCGACGUGUUUCCAUGUGAUGCCGUUGGUCAACCGGUCAAUGUCUCGAUACAAGCUGAGAUGAACUACAUCAUUGGGAUAGAUGAAAUACACGAGAUCCUCACCUCUGAUCUUCAGUUAACGCUGACAUGGACUGAUGACAGUUUGAAGUGGGAGGAGAAUAGGUUUGGUGGUAUCAAAGACAUUAUUGUUCCCGUGAAGAGGAUGUGGCUCCCCGAUGUUGCCAUACAGAAUGCUUUGAGUGAGAGACGUCGCCUUCAGAAAGAGGAUCAGCGUGUGGCGAUAACAUCCAAUGGGACCGUGUCGUGGAUAGCAGAUUAUGUCGGACAGUCUUUGUGCCCCCUGGUUAUGACCAAGUACCCAUUUGAUACCCAGAAUUGUACCCUUUACAUUGAAGCAAUGUCGCAUGGUAAAGACAAGGUACAGUUCGUUCAGAUAACUGCCCUAAAUGGUUCUGGGAUUUUCCCAAAUGGCCAAUGGAAGUUCGUGUCAUCUUCAUGCAGUCUGACCCAGGAAACGAGCGGAGACAGUGUUGCUUUGGUUAAUCUGAUCAUUCAACGUAGACGAGACUACUACCUGCUUACCAUUGUCCUCCCCACCGUUGUGACCUCCCUCCUCAACCCCUUCGUGUUCCUGUUGCCGGCUGAGAGUGGGGAGAAGAUGGGGCUGUCCACGACGCUGCUGCUCUUCUACUCCGUCAUGCUGACCCACAUCUUCAGCAACAUCCCCUCCAACUCCCUCACCAUGCCUGUGAUUGGUUUUUUUCUGGGAGGGCAGCUUCUGUUAUCUGCUCUGUCCCUCGGCUGUACGGUUGUCCUUCUGCACGUGAAAUAUGAAGCGACCCCUACAAGAAACAGCGGAAGUACGGAGGCUCGAAGAGAAACAGACAGUCAGGAUGUUAACAAAGAAAUACCUUGGGAGGAGGAAAGAAGAGCCUUCUUUAGACGGGUCGACCGAUUAUUAUUUUGGUCGUUUGCGAUAUCAGGGCUGAUCCUGUUCAUCGCAAUCUUCAUUUAUAUUCUUACCUAA